AUGUCAAGCAACCUGAGACCACAAGUUAUUGCACUCUACAAGCAGUUGGUCUAUCUAGGCCGAGAAUAUCCUGCAGGAUAUGCAGAUUUUUUUCGUCCAAAGCUGAAGGCUGCAUUUCUCAAGAAACGAGAGCUAACAAAUGAACAGGAGAUUCUGAAAUCGAUCAAAUUUGGAGAAUACAUUAUCAAAGAACUUGAAAUGAUGUACUACCUGAGGAAAUAUCGUACCUUACGAAAGCGAUAUAAUGAUAAUCAAUAA